AUCAGACGACGACAUUCACCACAUCCCCGCAACCGCACCGGCGCACUACAACUCUCCACUCUACGAAACAAACUCAACAAUGCCAAUCAAACCAAUCACCGGUAUGCUCCGACGACAGGUCGUGCUUGACCUCUCCGUUGGCAUGGGUCUUGGUCUCGUCACCGGCUAUGGCUGGUGGUACGGUUACCAUGUUCCCGCCGUCCGUCACCGUGACGCAUUUUACCAAAAGCUCGAGGACGAGCGUGCGGCAGCUCUGGGCCAGAAAUAAACGCCUUCUCCUGUGAACCGCAGUCUCCUUUGUAUCGACCAGUCAGGAAGCAUAGAGUGGACAUUAGCUGGGGAUCAAGGUGUAUCAUAUCUGGGUAAUCUUCGACAGCAAGCCGAAUAGACGCAGUCAAACGAUAUCAC